UCUGCUAUUUCCUGCGACCUGACAUAGUGAGAAUGCUGUCAAAAUUAAUAGACAAAGAGACAUGGAAACACAUGCACAUGAAAAACAAGUUGUGUGGGGUAUAAAUCUGAAGAGGAAGAGAGAGAGAGAAAGAAGAGGAGUACAGUAAACUCUGUAAUAACUGCCAGUUUUGAUCUUGACAAAUUGAUCACUGUGUAAAAAUGGCCUCUGUUACAAAUGGUCAAAAGAAGACCUACAUUUCUACAUUCAGAAUAGACCUGAAAGCUUCAACACCAUUGCAGACACCAUUGGACAUGCCAAGGAGAAUAGAAAGUGGAACCAAUCUAAGGAACAGAGAAGAAAAUGUCCUGAAAUCAGACGACACACUGAUUAAAAGAGCCAGCAGUAAUAUAGGUGCUACACCUCAUUUUUUGGAUCCUCCGAAACAGGCAGUGGUUUGUGUUGGAGGAACUGCUCGACUCCACUGUGACUUCCGUAGUUCUGAGCCCGUAGCUUCAUGCUGGAUUCAUAACAGAGAUAAGGUUGUGUUGGAGGGACCUCGAAUAUUUGUGAAGAGCACAAACAGUAGCAGCACUCUGGUUCUCUCCAAGGUUCUGCCGGAAGAUGCAGGAAGUUAUUCCCUUUUUGUUCGAAACCGGGGAGGCACAGCUCACUGGACAAUAACACUCUCUGUCAUUGAUCGCCCAGACCCUCCAGCCUCAUGUCCAUUUGUGUCUCAGCUGACCCAAACGUCUCUGGUCCUGUCUUGGUCUGGGCCGUCCUACGAUGGAGGUUCUGCCAUCACAGGCUACGUGGUUGAGCUACAAAGACUAGGACAAACUGAACCCGAGGACUGGACUGAACUCGCUAACCAUUGUCAGAACACCUCGUAUUAUGUCCAUUCUGGUCUCGACCCGCAGGGGGAGUAUCGUUUUAGAGUACGUGCCUGCAACGCAGCGGGAGUCAGCGAUCCGAGUGAGGAAUCGGACUGCAUUAAGAUGGAAACUGAAGAUGAACAACAACAGGAAGUGACGUCGUAUGUGGAUGUUGUGAUUGACACCACACACAAAGUGAGGGAUCAUUACAGUGUCCAUGAGAAACUAGGAGUGGGGAAGUUUGGGGAGGUGUUCAGGAUAACCCAUAAGCAGACGGGUCGGGUGUGUGCUGGUAAAUUCUACCGGGCCCGGGUCUCCAAAGCGAAAGCAGCAGCUCGUAAAGAAAUCAAGCUGAUGGGCGAAGUGCAUCAUCCUAAGCUGGUGCAAUGUCUUGCAGCCUACGACACUCCUUCAGAGAUCGUCAUGAUUCUUGAGUAUAUAGCAGGUGGUGAGCUGUUUGAACGGAUCGUAGGUGACAAUUUUGAGCACACCGAACCCAACAGUGUGAACUACAUUCAUCAGAUUCUGGAAGGAAUCCAGUACAUCCAUCGUAAACAAAUCAUUCACCUCGAUCUGAAGCCAGAGAACAUCGUCUGUGUCAACAGGACUGGAACCCUCAUCAAGAUAAUUGACUUUGGAUUGGCCUGCAAACUAGAGUCUGGGAAACCUCUGAUGGUGUUGCACGGGACUGCAGAGUUUGUGGCCCCAGAAUUGAUCAAUUAUGAGGCCGUGGAUCUGGCCACUGACAUGUGGAGCAUUGGUGUUAUAUGCUACAUUCUAUUGAGUGGUGAGUCGCCAUUCCAGGGCAGCAGCGAAGCAGAAACGCUUGCUCUGGUUACUGCGGCUCAGUGGGAAUUUGAUCCAGAGAGUUUUGAGGACAUCUCAGAUGAGGCUAAAGAUUUCAUAAGUGGCUUGUUGACAAAGGACAAGAGUUCACGACUAUCCUGUGAGAAAGCUUUAGCUCAUCCCUGGAUGGCCUCGUUUGGCGACUCAAACCGUCGAAUAACCAAAUCCCUGAACAAAGACAAGAUGAGGAAGUUCCUUGCCAGGCAGAAAUGGAAGAAAACUGGUAAAGCCUUGCUCGCGCUAAAGAGGAUGGAUCUGUCCUGGAAAUCUGAUGGCGCAUAUUCUCCCUGCAGUUCUGUAGAUGAUCGUGGUCUGGGAAAGGAGGCCGAACAAGCCGUAGAAUCUCUGGAAAAGCACAUGAGGCGUGAACCGCACUUUUUUCAAGCCCUGCAUGACCUCACUGAGACCUCUGGAGCGACCGUGCACUUGGCCUGUACAAUACGGGGAUAUCCGGACCCAGAGGUGGUUUGGUUCUUUGAUGAGGAGCCUUUGGCAAAGACUGAGCGAGUUCAGAUUCAUUAUGACAAAGACGGCAUCUGCACUCUCACCCUUGCUCACGUACAACCAGGAGAUUCUGGGAUUUACAAAUGCUGUGCCUCCAACGGCCUGGGACGGGCAAUGUGUUCUGCCAGACUCACUGUGGAACUCUAGAACACGAAACAUGGAGACUUGAGAGUGUAAAAGAACCAGCUGGAAUAAAGCAAAAGCAUUUUAAUCAAUGAUGAUAUUUUAAUGAUAUCUAAAUGUCAUUAAAACAAUAUCAAGAUUGGUUCACUUUACAUUUGUUACAUCCAAGAUCAUGCAUUAAAUUCACCUAAAAUCAUUCUUGACCAGUUGGCCACUUGCUAAAUUUGACGAUCAAACAUGCAUGUUCAUUUCGGUCUUCCAAGAGGCACAGCUUUAUAGAUGCAAGUCUAGACAGUCUCCAAUACAUUCAUGGUCAAAACCUUUGCCACAGAACUUCAUUUCUUUAGUUCAAUGUUAACAAGCAUUAGUGAACGAAUGGGCAUGUUGACAAUCAUAUUGAUGAUAUAUCUGACAAUAGGCACAGAAGUAAAAAAAAAAAAAAAAAAAAGAAAA